UCAAAGAUAAACAUUGGGUGGGUUCUAUAAAGGAAUAUCGUAUUUUAUUUCAUAUUUAUUACAGUUUUUUUUUAAGUUUAAAAUAAUAGCAAUUUAAUAUGACGGAAAUAGAUGCAACUACAAUAAUUGCCGAAAGUCUCAAGGCACAGGGUGUUGAAUAUGUUUUUGGUAUUAUCGGAAUACCGGUAGUUGAACUAUCAAUGGCAUUUCAAGUAGCAGGUUUGAAAUAUAUUGGAAUGCGGAAUGAACAAGCAGCAUGUUAUGCAGCACAAGCUAUAGGUUAUUUAACUGGCAAACCGGGGGUAUGUUUAGUUGUAUCGGGACCCGGAUUAUUACAUUGCACUGGUGGAAUGGCAAAUGCUCAAAUAAAUUGUUGGCCACUUUUGGUUAUAGGUGGAUCAACUUCCGAAGAUCAUGAAGGGAUUGGUGGUUUCCAAGAAUGUCCUCAGGUUGAAUUAAGUCGUCCUUAUUGCAAAUAUGCGGCAAGACCACCAACUGUUGAGCUUAUUCCUAUGCACAUUGAAAAGGCCGUUAGGUACGCAACAUAUGGAAGACCUGGAUCUACUUAUCUUGAUUUUCCUGGAAAUUUAUUAAAAUCACGAGUUGAGAGUUCUAAAUUAAAUACUAAUUAUGUUACACAUCCAGAAUUUCCUUUAAUUUGUCCUGAACCUGAACUUGUCGAAAAAGCGUCAAAGUUAUUAAUUCAAGCUAAGCGACCAUUGAUUAUAAUUGGUAAAGGUGCUGCAUAUUCUAGAGCAGAAAAUGUUGUCGAAAAAUUUAUUAAAAAUACAAAUUUUCCAUUUUUGGCUACACCCAUGGGUAAAGGGGUUGUUUCAGAUAAGUCACAACAAUGCGUUGCUUCAGCCAGAACCUUAGCGUUACAAAAAUCUGAUGUUGUUUUAUUAUUAGGUGCGCGUUUAAACUGGAUCUUACACUUUGGACGGCCACCCCGAUUUGAUAAGAAUGUGAAAAUUAUCCAAGUAGAUAUUUGCCCAGAAGAAUUACACAAUAGUGUUAUUAGUUCUGUUGCUGUCCAGUCGGAUAUAAAACCUUUUGUGAGCCAGUUGAUUGAAAUAUUAAGUAAACGAAAUUUUAGUUUUCCAAUCAAUAACGAAUGGUGGAAACAUUUGAAAGAACAGUGCAAGAAAAACCAAGAAGUUGUAAUGAAAAUGGCAAUGAAUACUGAAAUCCCUUUAAAUUAUUAUGCAGUUUUUCAUCAUAUGCAAAAAAUAAUACCUGAAGAUGCAAUGAUAAUUAAUGAAGGUGCAAAUACCAUGGAUAUUGGAAGAUCAAUGCUACCUAAUGUUCUUCCAAGACAUCGUUUAGAUGCUGGGACAUUCGGUACUAUGGGAGUUGGAUUAGGAUUUGCUAUUGCAGCAGCAUUAUAUUGUAGGGAUUUCUAUCCUAAAAAGCGUGUUAUAUGUGUCCAAGGUGAUUCGGCUUUUGGAUUUUCAGGAAUGGAAAUUGAAACAAUUGUACGAUAUAAAUUACCUAUUACUAUUGUUAUUGUUAAUAAUAGUGGAAUUUAUGGUGGCUUUGAUAAUGAAACUUUCGAUUCUAUUAGAAGCGAAGGCGAUUUAACCCAAGUGACACCGCCAUCUGCGUUAUAUGUGGAAACACGUUAUGAAAAUAUGAUGUCAAUGUUUGGAAUGAAAGGAUAUUUUGUUCGAACAGUUGAUCAAUUGCAAAGCGCUUUGAAAGAAGCAAAUAAUCUGACAGACCGUCCAACAAUUAUAAAUGUUGUAAUCCUGCCUUCAGCUGACAGGAAACCUCAAUCAUUUAAUUGGUUAACUGAAUCUAAAUUAUAAAAGGGCCUUAUUUUGAUUAAAUAGAAAUUUUAAAAAUGUUAAAUAAUAUGUACAUAUGUAUAUUAAAUUUUGGAAAGUAAUUUUCGUAAAGUUCUAAAAUUACAUCGAGUAUAGUGUUGAAUUUAUUGUUUUUGUAGUUAGAAUGGUGCAAUGUUUUUAAAUUGUUUAUUUUUUGAAAAAGUGUAUGCGUUUAAAGGUUGCUUUAGCAAUCUUAAUUUAUUAAAUUAUACAUGGAUGUAUUAUUAUUAUUUGUAUGUACUUUAUUUGUAUUUUUAUUAUAAAUGUGUUUUGAAUAAACAGAAUUAUUUUGGUAAA